GUUGAGUUAAAAAUCAGUAAUAAUGGGCUUAACAAUCAUAUUUAUCUGUUGACAUUUAAUUUUCUGAGCUUUUCACUUCUUACGCUGCACACCUCUCUCUAUCUCCUCCAUUGAAGCGUACUCUGAGUUCUCCAUUGAAACACCUUCCGAAAGCAUUCUCUAUUACGUCGUUGCAUUUUUGGAGUUUUUUUGUACCUACGGGAAGGACUUGAGUCUGUGUAGUAUGCAACUCAUGGGUCUAUUUCGUUCGAAGAUAUUGGAUUAGUAGAAUUACAUUUGUCGUUGUGGAAAGAUAUAAGCUGCAUAAAGUGACUGAUGGGCUGCACUUGCACUUCCAUGGCGUUGCUUUUGGAUAAUUUGUCACUUUUUGGAUUUCAACCCAAAAUCGUUUCUCAACAUAGAAAUCUCAAGGCUCGGUUGGAAGCACAUGAAUUUGCUUUUACGAAUAAAGUUAGUUAUUUGCAGCGUGCAGUUGCAACUAAAGCAUUUGAGUUGAGACACGUUCUUCCUUCAUUAGGACCUGAGUUUUUGUUAGAUAGUGGCAAUUAUGGGAAUAAUGGCAAUAACAAUAAGAACAACAACGGCAAUGGAAAAAACAAUGAUAAGAAUGAUAACGAUGGUGAUAGUAACCAUGAGGAAAGUCAUGGUGGGAUUCUACGUACCUUUGCAUUGUUUUGGACCUAUCAGUUGACUUCUUUUCUCAGUGGCCACAUAUGGGACGAUAACCUCAAAAUGGGAGAGAGGAUAUUUUCUUCUCGGCAGUUUCUGCUAUGCUUGGUGUCAGUUUUAGGUUUCCUACGCCUGUUCCAUUUAGAUCCUGCAGGUGCCUUAGGGAGUAUUGAUAAGGAAGGGGCCAUAAAGGAAGAGGAGGUUGUAUGGGAGAUCAAAGGAAGUCAAAGAAAAAAACUAGUUCCUGAUUAUUCAAAAGACGAAUUUGUAACGGUUCCGUCAUCAUCUAUGAUGCCUUCAUCAACAUCCGGAAAGGGGAAUAUGGAUGAUGGAAUUCGAAAUCUUUCAGCGAGACUUCCUAGUUUAUGGUUUCUGUGCAAAGAUUUAGUAUUUCGUUUGAUGCUACCAGAAGGUUUUCCUGACAGCGUGACCAGCGAUUAUUUGGACUACUCUUUGUGGAGAGGGGUCCAGGGUAUUGCUAGUCAGAUCAGUGGGGUACUUGCCACACAGUCUUUGCUUCUUGCUGUUGGACUGGGAAAGGGGGCGAUUCCAACUGCUGCGGCAAUAAAUUGGGUGCUUAAGGAUGGAAUUGGAUAUCUUAGCAAGAUCAUGCUGUCAAAAUAUGGGCGACACUUUGAUGUUCAUCCAAAAGGGUGGAGGUUGUUUGCUGAUCUUUUGGAGAAUAGUGCUUUUGGGUUGGAGAUAUUAACACCUGCUUUUCCUCAUCUUUUCGUCUUCAUUGGUGCUGCUGCUGGAGCUGGACGAUCUGCUGCUACCUUGAUCCAGGCUGCCACAAGAAGCUGUUUCUAUGCAGGCUUUGCUGCAAAGAGAAAUUUUGCAGAGGUAAUUGCAAAGGGUGAAGCACAAGGAAUGGUGAGCAAGUCAAUUGGCAUCAUGCUAGGGAUAGCUUUAGCUAAUUGCAUAGGCUCCUCUACACCACUUGCCCUUGCUUGUUUUGGUAUAAUAACUUGCAUUCACAUGUACUGCAAUCUGAAGUCUUAUCAAUGCAUUCAGCUGAGGACUUUGAAUCCAUAUCGAGCAAGCUUAGUGUUCAGUGAAUAUUUGUUGAGUGGCCAGGUGCCUUCUGUGAAUGACGUCAAUGCUGAGGAACCUCUUUUUCCAGCAUUACCAAAUCUGAAUUUGGGGCCGGCUGAUAAACCAAAUUCUUCAAAUCUGUCAAUUGAAGCCAAGAGCGCCGCUGCAGAAAUUGAGAAGCGGCUCGAGCUAGGAUCCACAUUAAGUGAUGUAAUUCAGAGAAGAGAGGAUGUAGUUGCACUUCUUGAUCUCUAUAGAAAUGAAGGCUACAUCUUAGCCGAGCACAAGGGAAAGUUUUGUGUUAUACUCAAAGAAAGUGCUUCACCGCAAGACAUGCUAAGAUCUGUGUACCAGGUCAACUUCCUUUAUUGGCUUGAAACCAAUGCUGGAAUACCAUCGAAAAAUGCUUCUGACGACUGUAGACCUGGUGGGAAGUUACAGAUAUCUCUUGAUUAUGUGCAGAGGGAAUUUGACCAUGCAAAGCAUGAUAGUGAAUUAGCAGGUUGGGUCACUGAUGGUCUUAUUGCUAGGCCUUUGAUUCAUAGGAUUUGUCUCAACAGUAAUGUCUCUACUGGACCUAUAGCUGAUGCCAGCAUAAGUUCUUGACAGCUCUAACUGUGCAAUGAACCAAGAGAAUAAAGGGGGCCUAGCUGACAGAUACAGUAGUGAUUUCAUGAUUUGCAUUUUGAGCUAUCAAACGUUUGGCUACUAAACAUCUGUUUUGGCGUGCUUCUCUGAGUUCAGAAGCUUUUGCUGAUAAUGCCAAGUGUUAAAGAAGCUUGGCAUCCGAGUAGUAGCUUAGCCGUAUAAAACUGAGAAAAUGGUAGGCAGUGGCUGUUGAAAAUUUGUAUUGCGUAAUGUAAGUUUUGUAACCUCAUCUGCAAAUUUUCCAUUCUUUGCUGAUACGAAUUACUAGUACAUCCUUUAGUCUAGUUCUUC